CUAACCACCAGCGUCCGCCAUCCCGACAAACCGCAGCAAUGGCGAUCAAGCACAACCAGCAGAUUCAGAAGAAUCACUUCCACAAGGACUGGCAACGCCGUGUCAGGGUUCACUUUGAUCAACCCGGACGCAAGCAGCGCAGACGCAAUGCCCGUGUCGCCAAAGCCGCUCAGGUUGCUCCUCGCCCGGUAGACAGGCUCCGACCCGUCGUUCGCUGCCCUACCAUCAAGUACAACCGCCGUGUCCGCCCCGGCCGUGGCUUCACUCUUGCUGAGUUGAAGGAGGCUGGUAUCCCCCGCAAGCUUGCGCCCACCAUCGGCAUCUCCGUCGACCCUCGCCGCCAAAACAUCUCCGAGGAGAGCCUCAAGGCCAACGUCGAGCGCCUCCAGGAGUUCAGGAAGCGUCUCAUUCUCUUCCCCCGCCGCAACGGCAAGACUAAGCAGGGUGACGCCUCUGCUGAGGACGUUAAGGCCGCCAAGAAGGGCGAGAACAACGCCAAGUCCGUCGCCGACGUCCUUGCCAUCAAGAACGACAUCACCUUCGAGGAGGGCCCCAUCGGCAACUACAAGGGCGAGGAGGCUGCUUUCAGGAAGCUCCGUGACGUCCGCUCCGAGGCCCGCCAGCUCGGUGCCCGCAACAAGCGUGCUGCUGCUAAGGCUGACGAGGAGGCUGCUAAGAAGAAAUAAACGUAGUCUUUUCGAAAAGGUGUCACGAUUUGAUGGAACGGGAUACCCUAUCGUGGGUUCAAAAAACGGUGGUCAUGAUUCAGCAAAGGAUAUUCCCUGCAUGGGCGGCGUAUUGGUUAGGUCCUGCUAUCAAGUAGCAGUUUGUGAAAUGACAUCAACUACACACAAUGAAUCUACCGUUUGCCGCCAUUAUGACAUUACGUCAAAUGUGAGAACAGUUUUGUACCAUGAAUUUGCCCAGUUACGUGACUUAAUGCGUUCCGUGUGCAAAAUGAUUUUCCAAUCUUA